AUGCCCAAGGAAAAAAACAUUAACCCCGUGCAAGCCGCCAAAAAGGUCGAAAAGCAAAAACAGCUCAAAAAACAAAAGGCACAGCUCCAAACGCAGCGUACCGAAAAACUCGCCCGCCGCAACCCCGUCCGCAUCCAGCGCGACAUCGAUGCACUCAAAGAAGCAGAGCAGAGCGGCGCGCUACGACCACAUGAACGCACACGGCUCAAUGAGCUGGAGAAAGACCUCGCGGCGGUGAACAAGGCGCGGACGGCGCUGGGGGAGAAUGCGCCGCAGUUCAAGCCAGAAAGGAGAGAUGAUGGGGGUGAUAGAGGAGGGAGGGGUGGAAGAGGAGGCGUGUUGGGGAAGAGGUCUAGGGAUGGCAAUCGGAGGAAUCACAAUGGCGAGGAGAGCAGCGAUACGGAUGCGGAUGUGAGGGAUAUUCCGAUGCCGAGGGAUACGCCACCACCCAUACCGCGGCGAUAUGGUGGGGAUGCACAGGCUGAGGAAGGACCUCCAGAGGCGAAGAAGCCGACGCUCGUGUACGAAGCUGCGCCGCAAGUCCGCGACUUUAAGAAGGAAGUUACAUCACGGUUCAUGCCUGCGGCUGUUGCGCAGAAGAUGAAGCUAGCGAAGGGAGAGGGAAGGCUGUUGGAGCCGGAAGAGUUCGACAAGCUACAACAGGAGGGAUACAUGAGCACUACACGGGUGGGUGAAGCUGGGGCUGAGGCCGAGGCGGAUCCUGAAUUGGAUCGUUUUCUGCAUGCACAAGAGGCCAAGGAAGUUGCGGCAAAGGCUGCCGAAGCCGCCAUGCAAGAGGCGGAACUCGAAAUGAUAGAGGCGGAGGACAAAGGCGAGAUACCCAACUUGGAGGCUGAAAGCAGGGUUGCGGAGAAUAAACUACGACACGUGGAGAUCGAGGAGGUGGAGGAUGACGACUAUUGA